AGAAAGAGAAAUGAUGAUAAUUCCAAGACAAUCUUAUUGCUUGUCUGGUAUUGUUACCUUGUAUUUCUUCUUCUUGGUUUCCCUCUUCCUACACACUCUUGCUUCUCCUUUGCUCCAAUUUUGCGGUCAUGGCCAGAGAGAUGCUCUUCUGGAAUUCAAACACGAGUUACCGGUAAAUAAAUCCAACUCAAGUCCAUCUUUAAGUUCAUGGAACAAGACUAGUGAUUGCUGUUUUUGGGAGGGUGUCAAGUGCGAUGCUAAAUCUGGCAAGGUGAUUUCACUUGACCUUAGUUUCACCUCUCUCAACAACUCUUUGAAACCAAAUAGUGGUCUUUUCAAACUCCAUCAUCUUCGUUACCUAAGUCUUGUAGGUUGCAAUCUCUACGGAGAGAUUCCUUCUUCAUUAGGAAACCUUUCCCAUCUCACACAUCUUGACCUUUCGGAUAAUGAUUUAGUUGGUGAAGUUAUGGCUUUAGUCGGAAACCUAACCCAACUAAGAUACCUAAGCCUUAGCAAUAACAAACUCAGUGGGAAUAUUCCUGUUUCAUUUGCCAACUUAACGAAACUGUCCCAUUUAUACAUCUCAGGCAACCAGUUCACGUGUGUGGAUUUCCCUCUUAUACUAGAAAAUUUAACCAGUUUGUCCGUCUUAAACAUUGCCAAUAAUCAUUUUGAAUCCACGCUUCCACGUGACAUGAGUAGAUUCCACAACUUGGAGUAUUUUGAUGAGGGUGGAAACUCAUUUUCCGGGCCUUUUCCUACAUCUUUGUUCAUGAUUCCUUCGUUAACAUGGGUUACUUUGAGCGGAAACCAGUUCAAAGGACCUAUAGAGUUCAGUAACACAUCUUCUUCCUCUAAGCUUCAGUCUCUAUACCUUUCUCAAAACAAAUUCUAUGGCCCUAUUCCCAAAUCCAUAUCAAAAUUUCCCAAUCUUGAAAGUUUAUAUCUUAGUGGCAAUAACUUCACUGGGUCAAUCUCCACAUUUAUACCAAAGUUAGUCAAUAUGGUUAUGCUUGAUCUUAGCCACAACGAUUUUACUGGACCAAUCCCUAGAUCAAAUUUAGUUAAACUCGAGUUUCUUGAUCUUUCCGACAAUAAGUUGGAAGGUGAGAUUCCCGGUUGGUUAGCGGGCGUGUCGACAUUGAUGCUUUCUCGCAAUUCUUUCAACAGUUUUGCAAAAUCAUUUGAAGUUUCCGAUCUAAGUUAUAUCGAGUGGUUGGGUCUUAGUUCAAAUUCUUUUCGAGGACCAUUACCUUCUUGGAUCUGCAAGCUUAGACCGUUAGAUCUCUUGGAUUUGUCUAACAAUAGCUUCAACGGCUCCAUCCCUCAAUGUUUUAAGAACACUCUUGUUGGUCUCAGAGAGCUAAGUUUGCGGAACAAUGAUUUCAGUGGAAUUAUUCCUUCAGAGAUAUUUGCCAAUGCUACCAAGCUAGCUCUAGUUGACGUUAGCGGCAACAAGUUGGAGGGAAAGCUUCCAGAAUCAUUGAUCAACUGUGAAUCUUUGCAACUUUUGAAUGUCAAAGGCAACAGAUUCAAGGACAAGUUUCCAUCUUGGUUGAGUUCUAUGACGUCAUUACAUGUCUUGAUCCUACGAUCAAACAAGUUCUACGGGCCGGUGUAUGAUCCUCAUGUGUCCAUUGGGUUUCAAAGUUUAAAAGUCAUUGAUAUAUCACAUAAUGACUUCACUGGAACUUUGCCACCUUUCUAUUUCUGGACCUGGCGUGAAAUGACCAUAUCAUCCGAAGAAGAUGGUAGCAUGUACAUGGGAGAUCCCGGAUUUGGUGAUUUCUACCGUCUUUCGAUGGAAAUGGUGAAUAAAGGUGUUGAUACGAAAUUUGACCUAAUCAGAAAAGACUUUAGAGCUAUUGACUUUUCGGGAAACAAUAUUUUUGGAGAAAUUCCAAAAUCCAUUGGGUUGUUGAGGGAAUUGCAUCUUCUCAACUUGUCAGGUAACGCGUUCGCAAGCAAUAUACCUCAAUCAUUGACAAAACUGACAAAGCUCGAGGCACUAGACCUAUCUCGGAAUCAGCUGUCAGGUCAGAUUCCUCCAGAUCUUGGAAGCCUCUCCUUUCUGUCGACCAUGAACUUCUCACAUAACAAUUUCGAAGGUCCAAUACCAAAAGGCACACAGUUUCAAAGGCAAAAUUGUUCAGCAUUCAUGGACAACCCCAAACUCUACGGUCUCGAAGAUAUAUGCGGACAAACUCAUGUCCUGAAUCCUAAACCACAAGAAACCGAGGAUUUGUUGGAGCCAGAAGAACAACAAGUGAUUAGUUGGAUAGCAGCGGCCAUAGCCUAUGGACCUGGUGUGUUCUGCGGAUUUGUGAUUGGACAUAUCUUCUUUACACAUAAACACGAUUGGUUCAUGGAAAUGUUCCCUCGAAGCAAUCCCAGAAGAAGUGCCCGUUGAACACCUUCUCUUUUAGUCUAUUGUCAGUGUUUAUGGAGAAUAUGUAUGUGUGUGUUGAUCUCCAAAUGUAAUUUUCUAUUUUAAGGUUUUGUAAUAAUUCAAAAUGCAUUCACAAAUGUUUGAAUUAUAGACUCCAUAGUUGAUCGAUGUAUCGGGUUAAUUCCUUAU